AUGACCACACAAGAACGUAGGCUUCCCUUUGGGAAGAUCGAGCCCAAUUCGCUCAAGUACUUUGCCAGCUGUGCACUGGGCGGAGUCAUCGCUUGUGGACCUACCCACACAGCUGUCACACCUCUCGACCUCGUAAAAUGCCGUCGCCAGGUUGAUCCCAAGAUCUACACCUCCAACAUCCAAGCAUGGAAGACUAUCUUCUCCAAAGAAGGCCUCCACGGCGUCUUCUUCGGUUGGUCCCCGACCUUCCUGGGCUACUCCAUGCAGGGUGCUGGAAAGUACGGUCUGUACGAGUACUUCAAGUACAUCUACGGAAACCAGAUGUUCCCGCAUGCCAACCCCACUUUGGUCUUCCUCGGUGCCAGUGCCACUGCUGAAUUCUUUGCUGAUAUGGCCCUGUGCCCUAUGGAAGCUAUCAAGGUCCGCAUGCAGACCACGCUGCCACCUUUCGCCUCCAGUAUGCGUGAGGGCUGGGGUAAGAUCGUCACCAAGGAGGGUUAUGCUGGUUUGUACAAGGGAUUGUACCCUCUGUGGGCCAGACAGAUCCCUUAUACCAUGACCAAGUUUGCCACCUUCGAGGAGACUGUCAAGCUCAUCUACCGCACCAUGGGUAAGCCCAAGGAAGAGUACAGUCAAUUACAACAGACUGGUGUCAGCUUCUUGGGUGGUUACAUUGCUGGAAUCUUCUGUGCUCUUGUUAGCCAUCCAGCAGAUGUCAUGGUCAGCAAAUUGAAUGCUGAUCGUAAAGCCGGUGAAGGUGCGAUGACAGCUGUGUCCCGGAUCUACGGGAAAAUCGGCUUCCCCGGGCUAUGGAACGGUUUGCCUGUUCGUAUUGUGAUGCUGGGAACUUUGACCGGUUUCCAAUGGCUCAUCUACGACUCUUUCAAGGUGUUCCUUGGACUUCCCACCACUGGAGGUCACUAG